AACAUUCCACGUCUUGUUACGAGUAACUACGUACAUCUAAUUCUUUGUUCAUACUCGAACAAGUACACAUGUCAAGCUAACGUGUUUUGUGGUCCUAAUUUUCGAUUUUAUAUAACUAAAUGAUUGUCGCAGAGGCCUGGAAAGCAAAUUAUCUAUUUUGGAUAUUACCAGUUGUAUUAAUUCUCGGGCUACUGGCAUUGCUCGCUCUAUUGGGUAUCUUCUUCGCCCUUCGUUUGUACGCUAAACUUACUUGUGGACGUUACCAAGCAAAAACCAGGAUGGACGGAAAGACGGUAAUCGUCACUGGAUGUACAAGUGGUAUUGGAAAGGAAACUGCUAAAGAAUUAGCAAAAAGAGGCGCCAGGGUCAUCAUGGCUUGCAGAAGUAUGGAAAAGGCAGAAAAGGUUCAAGAUGAAAUCGUGCAAUCGACAAAAAACGCAAAUGUCGUAGUUAAAAAACUAGAUCUAAGUUCUUUCGAAUCUAUAAGAACUUUUGCUGAAGACAUCAACAAAAAUGAGAAGGCGUUAGACGUCUUGAUCCACAACGCAGGAUACGCAGAAACCUUCAAAAAGAAUAUUUCGGAAGACGGCAUUGAAUUGACAAUGGCUACCAAUCAUUAUGGACCGUUUUUACUAACUCAUCUUCUCAUAAACCUGUUAAAGAAAAGUUCUCCAUCAAGAAUAGUUGUUGUUGCUUCGUCACUCUACCGCUUGGCAUCCGUAAACUUAGACAACCCAAAUCCAUUGAACACAAUGCCAGGGUAUUUGUACUACGUGUCCAAGGAGGCAAAUAUUCUCUUUACCAGGGAGCUGGCCAGACGUAUGGAGGGAACAGGCGUCACUGUAAAUUGUUUACAUCCUGGUUUAAUUGACACUGGAAUUUGGCGGAACGUGCCAGCACCGUUGAGCUGGGGUUUGGGAUUGAUAAACACUCUUUACUUCAAGACCCCUGUCCAAGGAUGCCAAACAUCAGUAAUGUUGGCUGUAGAUGAGAACCUUUCGAAAGUUACUGGGGAGUAUUUCUCUGAUUGCCAGAUAAGCUCGCUAUCUUCUUCAGCCAGUGAUAUGAGUAGAGCAAGAAAAUUGUGGGAGAUUUCGGAAAAAAUGGUCAAAUUGGAAGAGAAUGACCCAAGAAUUUAGUUCGUUUAUCAUAAUCCUGAAAGAGUACAAUUAGGGUUAUUAAUAACAUCCAGGAUAUUUAAUAUCAAUAAUAAUGCAUAUCAGAUCAGUACUUAAAGUAAAAAUAAUUGAAUUAAGAAUGAUUAAUUAUAUUUAAUUAAGAAUUGUUUAUUGAACAACUUAUGUUAACCUACUGCAUAUUAUUUAUAUUUUUUUUAACUUAUUACCUAUGC